AUGGCGCUCCUCCGCCGCGCCGCUCUCCGACUCCCGCGGAUCGCCGCGCCGCGCCGCGGCCUCGCGAGCGUCGCGCCGCUGAACCUGCAGGCCUGGCUCGACGAGCACGGGCCGACGCUGCAGCCGCCGGUGGCCAACAAGCUGCUCUUCGGCGGCGACCUCAAAGUCGUCGGCGGGCCGAACGCGCGCCGCGACUACCACCUGCAGACGGGCGAGGAGUUCUUCCUCCAACUCUCGGGCGAGCUCUGCCUCAAGAUCGUCGAGCGCGGGCGCUUCAAGGACGUGCGCGUGGGCGCGGGCCAGACCUUCCUGCGCGUCCCGCCGGCGUCGCAGCGCUCCAAGGGCAAACCGACCGUUUUUUGCCGUAGGCUGCCGGGCCACGUGCCGCAUUCGCCGCAGCGUUCCGCGCGGUCGCUCGGCCUCGUCUUUGAAAGAUCCCACGCGCCCGAGGAGAUGGACGGCAUGCUCUGGUUC